CUCGAACUGACUUGAAGCUUCGUUCGGAGCCGCAAAGGGGAUAAAAUCACAGGCUCUCCAGCUUUCGACCUCCCAACGUCCUUUUACUGCCCACCAUCACUAUGUCCCAAUUUGAGAGUUCCACGUUUGAGUCGUUGCAGUCUGCUUUCGCAGCUGGGUUAGACACCAACUCCAUCCCCUCUGAGUGCCAGUUGGAGCAUCCUCAGUCCCUCAUCGCCCAGUCUCGCAACGGGAUGACUUCCAUUUCUCACCCCAUAGCCCAAACCACGUCCGAAGAGGCAAAAGGGACGGCUUAUCUCCUCGGCCACGAAGCCUCACUCCCACCCGUUGUGCGCAUGCCCGACGACGUCAUCCGUGAGAUCUUCCUCGCCUGUAUGCCCGAAGACCGCAACUGCGCCAUGCGGGCCAGUGAAGCACCGCUUUUGUUGGGUCGUGUUUGCAGCGCAUGGCGGUCAAUCGCGUACUCCACCCCCCGGCUCUGGUCGAAGCUCCACGUCGAUGCGCCCCGCACUCCCGGCCCGCUUGGAACUCGGGGAAGGUGGGAGGUGUAUCGCAGGAAGUGGGCUGUCCGUGCGGACGUGAUACGCACGUGGCUAGGCCGCUCGGGCGAGGUGCCACUUUCGCUCAGCUUCAAAACGUUCGACGACGCCGAUGGGUCGCCGCACGGGUCCGCGCAUAUCGAACCGCUCAUGUCGCUUGCCCGUCGCUGGGCUGACGUCGAUUUCAAGGUCAACCGGGACGAGCUGGCACGGUUGGCGGAAAUCCAAGUGGGAGACGUUCCGAAGCUCGAGCGGGUGAAGGUUACUACGGUCGACAGCCUUUGGGUUAACGAUCUGUCUGCGGCGGCUCUUCUCCAAGCUCAGACGGCUGUCCCAAUGCCGCCGGUGGAGGCUGGGACACAUCAGCUUUGGGCGAAACUGCAGAUCCUCGGAUCUGCCGUUUGCUUCAUCGAAGUUGCAUUCCCUGACUGUCAUUACUGCGGGUGGAGAUUCGGAAGUAGCAUCUGUUUCGGCUGAUGACCUACUCGCCGUCCUCCUUGCCCAGCCUCAACUCCAGACGGCUCGCUUCACAGUUGAUGACAGUGCCAUCCAGGGGCACCUCCCUUCCGUCGUCCUUGCCAAUCUGCACACGCUCGAACUCCACGUACGACGUCGCCGGAGUACGUCCCGACAACCCAUGGCGUUUCUCUCGUCGAUCGAAGCGCCGAAUCUGCGCUGUCUUGAGAUCAGACACUGGGGACGCCAGCCUCGCUCACUCCGUCGGCUCCCUGAUGCUUUCCUCGGUCUCCUUGGACGCCUUCCGCAACUCGAGUCAAUCCACAUCACCAGCGAUUGCAUGCGCGCCGCUAGUGUCGAGCAAGCACUGGCUGCGCUUCCUACGUCAGUGAAGCAUCUAAGCCUGGAGGACACUGGCGCUGGAGUGUUGAUGAACCUGCACAACCCGUUCGCGCAUCCAGUCUCCAGGCGUGCAUUAUCGGCACCCACGACCGUUCCUGGAGCUGCCCUGUCGGCGCUCGCCACUUCACCGACGAUCCUCCCAGAGCUCGAAAGCAUCAGUCUCCGCGCAAAGACUGUCGUCCAGCUCACGCCCCUGCUGAUCAAGUUCCUCGUUGCUCGUCGGCAUCUCGGACCAGAGAACAACCUCAACGAGCAGCAGGCUCGCACCACCCUCGGUUCUGUCAAAACGAGCUUUGCGCGUCCUGUCGAUCUGGACGCUGUAGUUUCCCACCCGCUUAUCCAAUCCUACCUAGCCAGCGCUGAAGGCUCUCAACUCAAACUCGAUAUCGCGCAGGACCAAGAACAAAGGGACGUCCAGAUUCAGGUCCUGCUGGCUGCGCAGGCGCAGCAGUGGGAUAUUGGUGGGGGGAUGGGGGACGGAGGGUCUGACGCGUACUUCCCCUGGAAUCCGACUGGGUCACCGCAGCUCGCAAUGAAUGCGCUGGGCUUGCCGCUGCUCAGUGAAUCCCAGACGCAGACGCCGGUCGAUCCGGCUCCGCAUUUGCCUCAAUCGCCUACUCGCUCGAACGCUUCUGGUCUGCAAACAGACGCCCAAUGAAGAAUGACUGAUGCGGUCUCUGGUCCUAACGCUCAGUGCCAGUAGUGUCUAUCUAUUUAGGUUUCUCCCAAAUCUAUGUCCCUUUGUCCCAGUAUACCCAAGUCAUAUUUAAUCUACAUUUUUCUUUUGUGAUGUCUUGUCUCAGUCUCAAUAUAUAUUACCCUUGGAUCAAUAAA